AUAUGCUGACAUUUGAGAUGGUGCUGCCGUGCUGCCACCUGUGAGUCGGUGAAUGAAGCUGAAUAUGAUCCACCACAUCCGUAUUACUUAUUGGUUAUAUUAUUAUUAAUUAAAUAAAUAGCGCAGAAGAGAUAGCAAUCAAGUUAUCAGCAAAAUUAACAACAAACAGGUUCAUAUACUAACAAACAUCGGUUAGUAGUGUUGUUCAUAUACAUGACAACACAGUUUCUUUAGAGGUUAUAAACUACUUACAUCAAAUGCUCGUCUAAAUUUGUAUUUUAUAAUAAUUGUAAAGCAAUAUUAAAAUGUUAUCCAAGCAAAGCUACGGAUUUCUAGGAAAGGAAUGUAGUCAGUUUCUAAAACAUGGUUUCAAUACCAUCAAUUAUUCAACAACGAUUCCCAAACCCAAAACUGGCAUAAUUAUGUUGAACAUGGGAGGGCCUCAACACAUACAUGAAGUCCAAGAUUAUUUACGGCGAAUUAUGACAGAUACAGAUGUUAUACAAUUCCCGUUCGCCCAAAACCUUAUGGGAGAAUGGAUUGCGAAAAGACGAACAGCAGAAGUUCAAAAGAAAUAUCAGGAAAUCGGUGGUGGUUCUCCAAUUUUAAAGUGGACCACUCUUCAAGGCAAGCUGUUAUGCGAAAAAUUGGACAAAGAGCAUCCAGAAACAGCGCCACAUAAAGCAUAUCCAGCAUUUCGCUACGCAAAACCUUUUACAGAAGAUGCGUUAGAUGAACUACAAAGUGACGGGGUUCAAAGGGCAAUAAUUUUCUCUCAAUAUCCACAGUACAGUUGCGCGACAUCAGGUUCCAGCCUAAAUGUUGUACAUAAAUACUUCCAGAAAAACGGCCUUCCAAAAGAUCUUAAACUGAGUAUAAUUGAUCGAUGGUCUGUUCAUCCUCUUUUGGCUAAGUGCUUUGCAGAUUUGAUUCAAAAAGAACUUCAUAAAUUGCCCGAAGAUGUUAGAAAAGAAGCAGUAAUAUUGUUUUCUGCGCAUUCCUUGCCUCUUAAGGCUGUAAAUCGUGGCGAUUCAUAUCCUUCAGAAGUAGGAUGUACAGUACAAUUGGUAAUGUGGGAUUUGAAGUACUGCAAUCCAUAUCAGCUCGUCUGGCAAUCGAAAGUAGGACCUUUACCUUGGUUAGGUCCAUUUACGGAUGAAUCGGUGAAAAGCUACGCGAAACAAGGGAAAAAGGCCAUUAUUGUUGUUCCCAUCGCUUUUGUGAAUGACCAUAUAGAGACUUUACAUGAACUUGACAUCGAACUUGUUGAAGAAGCCAAACAUGUCGGUAUUGAUAUUAUUAGAAGAGUACCUGCUCCUAACGACCAUCCGAUUUUCAUAGAAGCUCUAACUGAUAUCGUAAAGCACCAUUUGAAGAGUAAUCUGCCAGUUAACCCAAAACUACUAAACCGAUGUCCGCAUUGUGUAAAUCCCUCUUGCAUAUCAAGCAAAACAUGGUUUUCUGCUAAUUGCAGCCUUUAAGUCGAUUUCAGCAUCAGGUGAAUUUUUGGUAUCAUAUACCUAUCGGUGCUUGUUUAGAUUUUUUUUAAGUAAUGAUAAUUUGGGCUUACAGUUUGUUAUUGGAUGUGUUUCAACAGUAAUGAGUUUGUUGCUACAUAUAUAUUAGUACAGGAUAUAAGGGUUUUUAAAGACUAUGAUCUAAACUUUUCUGGGAGGAUCGGUCAAGAACAUUUAUUUUUUAUAAAUGUUCAAACAAAAAAGUAAAUAAAUUGGUAAAUAAAGCAUGUUUUGAUGAGAAAAAUGCUUUACUUACUACUACAUACGAAAAAUGUUUAUAUAUGGCAUUAUGCAAAGCAUGGUUUACUGCCACUUGCAGCCGAUAAAUUGAUUUUAUCAUAUAAGAGUAUUAUUUUUGGAGGCAUUGUUAUGUCGGCAUCGGGUGAAAUUUUGUUAUUUGAUCACGGUUUUUAAUUAAUGAUGAUUGUUAUAUCGAAUAUUAAUUAGAAAUAAAACGUAUCAACUUUUAAA